UCCCCUCCCUCCCUCUCUCCCGUCUGACCCGGCCUCCCCUCCCCGACUAUAAAAUCCUCUCCUCCCCUCUCCACCAAAUCCAACCCGACCUCCUCUGAUCCACACCACCGAUCGAAGCCAGGCUCUCUCAUCCUCCUCACCAAGAUGCAGAUCUUCGUCAAGACCCUCACCGGCAAGACCAUCACCCUUGAGGUGGAGUCCUCUGACACCAUUGACAACGUCAAGGCGAAGAUCCAGGACAAGGAGGGCAUCCCUCCGGACCAGCAGCGCCUCAUCUUCGCUGGCAAGCAGCUCGAGGAUGGCCGCACCCUGGCUGACUACAACAUCCAGAAGGAGUCCACCCUCCACCUGGUGCUCCGCCUUCGUGGUGGUAUGCAGAUCUUCGUGAAGACCCUCACCGGCAAGACCAUCACCCUUGAGGUGGAGUCCUCUGACACCAUCGACAACGUCAAGGCGAAGAUCCAGGACAAGGAGGGCAUUCCCCCGGACCAGCAGCGUCUCAUCUUUGCCGGCAAGCAGCUUGAGGAUGGCCGUACACUUGCUGACUACAACAUCCAGAAGGAGUCCACCCUCCACCUGGUGCUCCGCCUUCGCGGUGGUAUGCAGAUCUUUGUGAAGACCCUGACGGGCAAGACCAUCACAUUGGAGGUGGAGUCCUCGGACACCAUUGACAACGUGAAGGCCAAGAUCCAGGACAAGGAGGGUAUCCCUCCGGACCAGCAGCGCCUCAUCUUCGCUGGCAAGCAGCUUGAGGAUGGCCGCACCCUGGCAGACUACAACAUCCAGAAGGAGUCCACCCUCCACCUGGUGCUCCGCCUUCGUGGUGGUAUGCAGAUCUUCGUCAAGACCCUGACGGGCAAGACCAUCACACUGGAGGUGGAGUCCUCGGACACCAUCGACAACGUGAAGGCAAAGAUCCAGGAUAAGGAAGGCAUCCCCCCGGACCAGCAGCGCCUCAUCUUUGCCGGCAAGCAGCUCGAGGAUGGCCGCACCCUGGCUGACUAUAACAUCCAGAAGGAGUCCACUCUCCACCUGGUGCUCAGGCUUCGUGGAGGCAUGCAGAUUUUCGUGAAGACCCUCACCGGCAAGACCAUCACCUUGGAGGUGGAGUCCUCGGACACCAUCGACAAUGUGAAGGCGAAGAUCCAGGACAAGGAGGGCAUCCCCCCGGACCAGCAGCGACUUAUCUUUGCCGGCAAGCAGCUUGAGGAUGGCCGCACCCUGGCAGAUUACAACAUCCAGAAGGAGUCUACCCUUCACCUGGUGCUCCGCCUGCGUGGUGGCCAGUAAGUGCCUGCUCAUGGCGCUGCUUCUGUCUCUGGGUUCACAGGUCUGGUGUCGACGGUGUACUCCAAUGGAGUUUUGAGCAUGUGCUCUGGUCGUGUUUCUAUCUCUUUUAUGUUUGUUUGUGUUUACAAACUUAUGAUGUAUGUGGUUUGAAGUUCGGAUGAUGAAACGUGAUGAAUAAGUGAACCCUUAAUAUCGUGUGUUAUUGUA